UGAAACCACAACUAGAAUAUGAUGAUACCAAAUAUCAUAGGAAGAGAUCAUGUUUACUUGGUUCACCAUUGGAAAAAAAUCAUUAUGGGAAUUACUUUCAAAGUCUGAUCAACCAUUUAGGCAAUAAUCUUUCUGAUCUAGAGCAUUUGGACUUGUCUUAUAAUCAUUCUCUUGAAAGCAUACCUGAAAGUAUUUGUCGCAUGAGAAAGCUGCGUACAUUGGAUCUUUCGGAAUGCAUACUUCUUGCAAAGAUACCAGAAAGUAUACACACACUUGGUAGUUUGAAGUUUCUUUAUUUGAAGGGAUGUGACCUUCUUUCCAGAAUACCUCAUCUUGGUGGUAGUACAGUAUCAUUACCAUACUUUGUGGUGCGUGCUGGUGAUGAUGAUGAAUCUAGCAGCAACCUUGUCCUGCUACAAUCCACAGAUCCUGUUGAGCUGCAGAUAUCUGAACUUGAAAAUGUGAAGUCCCCAGGAGAGGCAGAUCGUAUCAAAUUAGUGGAAAAGCAUAGCCUCAAGGACUUGAAAUUGGAGUGGACUAGAGGUGUUGAGAGAUUUGUCUAUGACAAAAUGUUGCUGAAAAAUCUAGUGCCACCAAGCACAUUGAAGAAAUUGGAGAUAUGUGGAUACAAUGGUGUCAGCUUUCCUGCGUGGCUGGUGGGCCAACUACCAAACCUAGUCUCGUUGGUUCUCAGAGAUAUGGCAAACGUGGAAGAGUGGAACACAUCAUACUCAAGUGAUGAGGAGCAUGUGAUUCAAAUAUUGGAAAUACAUGGUUGCCCCAUGUUAAGGAUGAAAAGGUCUCUGCUUAAAGCUAAAUCAUGGGUGAUAUCACACAGUGAUAAUGUGUUAUCAUCACUGGAUGAGUGCACUGUGUCACACGCCAGUGUUUCCUCCUCCACUUCUCCAAUAACUAUUGUGUUGUCAGUUAAAUACUGUAAGGGGCCUCAUCGGUGGAGGUUGCUUCAACACUUCACCGGACUAUCUUCUUUGUCAAUUCACAAUUGUGGUGAUCUAACCGGCUCACCAGAGAUCACCCAUCAUCUAUCGUCUUUGGAAGCACUAUGCCUAGAAGACGAACACAUGGAAGAACUACCAAAAUGGUUGGGUGAGCUCGCAUCUCUACAAAGUCUGGAAAUAAGGUGGAGCAAUGGUGUAACAGAGUUGAAUGAGACCAUGAGGCAACUCACAAUGCUGCAGUCACUAAACUUGUCCUAUUGCCACAAUUUAUCACUGCCACAUUGGUUAGGCGAACUAACCUCUCUCAAGGAACUUGUUGUGUGUUCCAAUGAUGUCUUGAGGUCUUUACCCGAAAGCAUACAACAACUAACCGACCUUCAGAAAAUAAAAAUUAGCAACUGCCCUAAAUUAGAGCAUGUGGUUAAUGAAUCAUUGGAGGGAAUGAUGAAGCGCACUCACAACCAAGAAACGGUAUGCGUCAUGCCCGCCUCUCUCAAGGAACUUACUAUCCAUAUAUGUCAUGGUAUCAAGUCAUUGCCUGAGGGCAUACAUCAACUCACCAACCUCAAAAACCUAGAGAUUGAUGAGUGCUAUUACCUUUAUCAGUGGUGUAAAUUAGAGGAGAGCAAGAAGCUUGCUCACAUACAAAACAAGUCUUUUGUCUGGUAGGCAGUGUAUCUACUGCACACGCGCAGGUUUGCAAAAUCAAGGGCUUGAAUCAACCUGAAAGAUUUUUGUUCGGUCUGACAUUAAAUUGAUGGAGUUGAAAGAGGACCAUAAGGAGCAAAGAUUAUUAUGAGCUAUGGUAAUGGGUAUCUGGCUUGCAAGAUUCAACUAUAUUAUUCGGUUUGGGCGUUCUACGUAAAUCUACCAAGCAUGGAAGUAGUGCUCAAAAUUUCCCAGAGAGCCUGGAGGCUGCAACAUCUAUACUGUUCUACAGAACUACUACAUGGUUCCAGACUUUCAGAGUACACCCUGUUGAACUUGGCCCCCAUCUUCUGUACUGCCAACGCCGACAUCUCCUAUUUGUGCUUAGUUGCAACCAUGUUAUUGUUUUCUUCUAGGACGCUGCCCAAGUGCAGGGUUUUGUUGUAACUUCGGUGUGUCUGCUUAUCUCUGCUUAGAUACAAAAGGUGGGCAACCCCAUAGCAUUUUAUAGAACAAAAAGAGUGAUAACUUCGGUGAGAAGUUAGUUAGUGCAUGGCUCAGUUAGUUUCAUGCAUCCUCGUUGACCAAAGGAAUUCUACUUGUAAUAUUUGCUGCGAGUUGCAUUUAUACCGUCUGGUG